UGACAUUGGCUCCACACAGAGAUCGUCUGAAACGAUGGCCGGUGCCAGCGAUCACGAGAAUUUCUUCGAGGGAACAGAAAAGUUACUGGAAGUUUGGUUUUCGUCCUCCUCGGAUAACGAACAGCAUGAUCUGAGGAUUAUAGAGAGGAAGGACUGGGAGGAACUGCUAGGCAUAGUGAGAUGUGAGAUUCUCAGUAAGACAUCUAACUGCGACAUGGAUGCGUAUGUCCUUAGUGAGAGCAGUAUGUUUGUAACCAAAGAACGGUUUAUCCUGAAAACGUGUGGGAAGACCACCCUGCUACUGGCCAUUGAGCCUCUACUCCGACUUGCCAAGAACAAGUGUGGCCUCGACAUUGUUUUCGACAUAUUCUAUUCGAGGAAGAAGUUUGCAAGACCAGAGCAGCAACACAGCAUUCAUCGUACAUUUGAAGAUGAGGUCAGUCACUUGGAUAAAAUCUUCAAAAAUGGUGCGGCUUACACCCUGGGACGCAUCAACAGGGAUUGCUGGCACCUGUUUACGCUGGACGAGGAAGGAGUGACCUUGCCAGACCAAACUGUGGAGCUGCUCAUGUGGGAUAUGUGUCGGGAGAAGAUGGCCAUUUUUACACAGGAUGUCUCGAAGACAGCUGCUCAAGCCACCAAAGAUUCUGGUAUAUCUGAUAUUGUUCCUGGUGCUCAAAUUGAUGAUUUCCUGUUUGAGCCUUGUGGGUAUUCUAUGAAUGGUCUUCUACCAGGGGGCUGUUACAUCACUAUUCACGUCACACCUGAGCCUCACUGUUCUUAUGUCAGCUUUGAAACCAACAUUCCCAAGGAAUCCUAUCAUACUUUGAUCAACAAGGUGCUGUCUACAUUUAGACCUGGAAAGUUCCUCAUGACUGUCUUUGCUAACAAGGCAUCACAGGCCAAAGACAACCACAAGAUGAUGGAGGAUAGAGAGGUCAAAGGUUAUGUCCGUAAUGACCACCAACUCUGCUUCUUCAAGAACUACAAUCUGACCUACUCGUUCUUCACACGGCCAGUUAUCUAGGAUCUAGCGCGUGGGAGUCUCGCCAUCCCAAGCCCGACACACCACCCUGUUUGUGUGCAGUGCUCCAUUGAGAGACUUCCCCUGUUACCUGGAAAUAGUUGUGCUGUUUUUAUCUCGGUGUUAGAUUUCAUGGAUUUAUUUGUUAAUGACAUGGUGUUUUUGUGGAUAACUAAAAAAAAUAGAAAGAAGUACAGACUCUUGUUCUCGUUCCUAACGAGAAAGUUGAGAUAAAUAGUCUUUUCUUGGAAGAGUGUUUUAUUUGUUUAAUUCUUAUUUCAAUACACCUGACAAUUGACCAUUAUUUAUGAACUCUGUGAGUUCUGUAACUAUUCCUUGCUAGAUACUGGUAUUUGAUAUUAUUAUAUAUUAUCUUUUUUUUCAUUAAUGUAACGUUUUUUUUUUUCUGAAAUUCUGAAAGUGCUAAACAACUUAACAUUUAUGAUAAUAAGCCGGGGUACAAAUUCAGCUUUUUAUCUUACAAUAAGUCACGUGGAGCUGUGCAUGAUCUCAGAACAACAAUCUGGAGGUCAAAUUUGGCAUAUUGUUUUAGAGAGUAUAUUUGUUGGUAUUUUUAUGGAAUUGCAAAGACAUGGGUAGGCUCUUUUACCAAGCUUAUAUUGCAGGAUAAACUGCACAUUUUAAAGGAAAUUAUUGUGAACAUGAUAGUAAUUUGUAAGGACAGGAGCUAGCAAUUCAACUUUAUGAAGUAUGAAAAGAACAUUCGGAGGUCAUCAUGAUUUUAGUUCAUACAAGAAUAACCAGGAGAAUGAUUUAGAUAACCCAUGUUUUGGAAGAUGUUGAAAAAUAGACACUGUUGAAGGGUAAGAUUUUAACCUAGUCAGCUCAUCUUGCCUAACUAUCACUUCACAGGACUAAACAAAGAGUUUCAGAAAUGCAUUUAAUUUUUUACCUUGAGAUUGUUAGGCCCUAUAAUCUGUUUGAUCUUCUGAUUUUGAAAUUUGUAACAUUCAAUUGCAAAAUGAAUGUCUAUGAAUAUUUGGUUUGGCAUGUAAAUGUACGAUUAAUGUACCUGAUAUGUAGAAGGUACAAUGGCAUUGUUGGAUUCUGAUUGGUCAGACCCUAUCGUCUAAAUUCUACAUUGUUUUUGAUAUUUUUCCCUGUUUAUUGACAAGUGCUAAUUAAUGGUCCCGAUUUUACUUACAGUGUAUUUAGCUGUACAGAUUUAACAGUGAAUGUGGUGCAUGUUUGUGUUGGAACGGUCCUGUUGAUUUGGCAUAUUGACUAAUUCAUGUUUUUAACUCUUUCCCUACUUUGUGUUCUUUCCGGAUUCGGUACCGAAGCAGUUAUUAGGCUCGCCCCCAGAAGUUUAAACAAAAUGGCAGACUACAUGUGUAUUUUCGGUGUGUUGUUUUUUCAUAAAGAAACACAAAGCCUAGUGUUAUCUUUGUACAUAAUUAAGAAAUAUUUAACUAGAUAAGAUCGAGAUGUCAGAUUGAAGACUCUGAAACGUCUCAGACAAGGAUAACUGAAACGUAAAUGUAGCAAGCCACCAUAUUGUUUACAUUAACAUCAUAUUGAGAAAAUAUCACAUGUUACUCUAACGGAAAAAUACAUAACUCGGACGAAAUAAAAAUGAAUUUGUCAACAAAAGUGUUUGUUACAAAAGUUUUGACCACCUUAUAUUUGUCAUUGCAUCAGAUGAUUGUAUAUGUCGGGUGAUGAUUUCAACAAAUCAACACUUGAAUAACGUCAACCAAACCUGUCCACUAUAGUCGACAGUGGGGAAGAGGGAGUUUGAAAUUAUGUCGACUAUAGUCGACAGUGGGGAAGAGGGAGUUUGAAAUUAUGUCGACUAGAGUCGACAGUGGGGAAGAGGGAGCUUGAAAUUAUGUCGACUAUAGUCGACAAUGGGGAAGAGGGAGCACAUUUUUAUGUUGACUAUAGUCGACAACAGUGCUGAAAGAGUUAAAGGUCAUUUGAACUAUUUUUAGAUAAGAAAAAACCCUAAUCUUUAUUCUUCUUGAUCCCAUUGUUAAUCAACUUAUGAUCAUGAACCAAUAUGGAUGAAAUUUGAAGAAAUGUGUGUCAUGGACAAGUGAUUGUGUAUCGAUUUAGAAAUAGAUAUUAAAUAAUAUUACAUGUUACAUGUAUAUAUGACAAAGAUGAUUUUCAACAUUGAUAUAAGUUGGGUCAGUAAAAGAAAGGACAUAAGUCAAUGGUCUUGUUUGUUUGCUGGGUUUAUCGCCCGUUAACAGUCAGGGUCAUUUUGAGGUUGAACCUUCUUGUAGUAGUUGGUGACUCACUGAACAACAUAAGGAAGGCCUGGCGCAUGACAUCUAGAUCAAUUAGAGUAAAUUUAAAGUGUCUUGCCCAAUGACACAACAGUGACAGCACAGACUGAGAAACACAAACUGACACGUGUGAGGAACGUUUAACCACAUGCAUUGCAUCAGUGCUAGAGAUGUCAGAACCAGUUAUAUUAGAUAUCUUCUGCAUUUAAAUGUUUUACUGAAAUAUAACCAAUGUUACAAUUUACAUGGAAUUUUUAUAAUGACUAUGCUGUUAUUUAUUCUUUGCUUAAGGUGAGAUUUAAGAAUAAAAGAAAUGUCAUGAAAA